UUACCCACGUAAAGAAUUAUACGAAUCCUCUUUCAAAUAUUCUGCUGUAUUCUUGACUUUCGAUUGCAAGGACGAAUCUGCUUCCCAGAGAUUUUUAAGACAAUUUCAAUCAUUCGAGGCGGCUGCAAAUCUACUGCACUCACCAUGGCCGAUUCGCUACAGGCUAAAGCAGAAGCAGCUCUGUUUGACCAAACCAACCUGUUGUCCCGAACGCGGCUACUGGUUGUUUUCUCAACCCUAGCAGGCGCCUUCUUGGUCGCCUACGCAGAUCAGAAUGGCAUUGCCGUCGCUUUAUCGAAAAUGGCUGCCGACUUGGACGCGACCGAUACAAUUGCAUGGGCUGGGACAUCUACAUUGAUCGCAAACACAGUGUUCCAAGUCUUAUACGGGCGACUAUCGGACAUCUUUGGUCGCAAGAAGAUAUAUCUUAGUGCGGUAUUCCUGCUCGCCAUUGGAGAUAUUCUUUGUGCCACUGCACAAGACGCGCCAGCGUUGUAUUUUUCCCGGGGUCUAGCGGGAAUUGCAAUGGGAGGCAUCAACUCUCUGACUAUGAUGAUUGUGUCUGAUAUCGUUACUCUCCAACAGCGAGGUUACUACCAGGGAUUGUUAGGGGGAUGCAUUGGACUUGGGAAUUUGAUUGGCCCAUUUUUGUCGGCGGCUUUUUCGGAGUAUUCCACCUGGCGGGGAUUUUUUUAUUUACUCUCGCCUUUGGCUGCAAUUUGCGGCCUCGUUUCUAUAUUCCUGCUGCCAUCUACGAUGCCGAAAGGAAAUGCUAUUGAGAGCGUCAAACUUGUUGAUUGGUAUGGAUUACUGACUGGAUCUGUCGCUAUCAUUUUCUUUCUCGUACCAUUCUCAGGAGCUGGAGUUUACUUUCCAUGGGGAUCUGCGAUGGUAAUUGCGAUGCUAGCAAUCAGUGGCGUUGCUGCUAUAUUAUUCUUUUUGGUCGAAUGGAAAGUCGCUGUCCUCCCGUUAAUGCCUUUAUCCAUGUUCAAGAACAAAGUUGUCGCGGUCAUCUUAAUCCAAAACCUAUUAUUUGGGUUCGCAUACUAUUCCGCCAUCUAUUAUCUUCCGAUUUACUUCCAGAAUGUACGCGAGUAUAGUGCAAUCAUUUCUGCUGCUCUUCUAGUACCGUUCUUCCUCGCUCAAAUGAUUUUCAGCGUGGGCUCUGGGCUCUAUAUUUCGAAGUACAGUAGAUAUGGUGAAGUUAUCUGGUGCGGAUUCACUUUAUGGACACUGGGAACUGGGCUUCUAAUAAUUUUUGAUGAGCAUACACACCCAGCUGUUAUCUGUGUGGUCCUAGCUAUUAUCGGCGUAGGAGUAGGCAACGUAUUUCAACCGUGCCUCAUAGCAUUACAAGCGCAUUGCACGAAAUCACAACGAGCAGUGGUAAUUUCCAACCGUAACCUCUUACGCGGAUUGGGUGGUGCCUUUGGUCUUGGCUGCUCUUCUUUGAUUAUGCAAACAGCAUUGAAACAGUAUCUUCCUGCAGAAUUCCAUUAUCUGGCACGAUCGGCAUACAAGCUCCCGGACUUUAGCUCCUACACGGCUGAGCAGAAAUCGGCGGUUCUUGGCUCUUAUCACAAAGCUGUUCGAACUGUUUUUAUAGUUAUAACUCCACUAAUGUUUAUCUGUCUCUUGGGGUGCUUUCUUAUCAAAGAUCAGGGCCUACAAAGAAAAGAUGAGAAAGUGGUGGUUGACGUGCAGAAUCUUCAGCCCGUUCAAGGGCAAAGCCUACCGGAGUCUACAGGCAUCGAGCAUGAGCGCGAAGAAAUAUCAAUCGAGACAAACCCAGAAGAAAAAGAAACUUUAGCAACUGCAAAGGUGGAAUGAUGUUAGGCGGUAGAAAAAGGACCAGAGGUAUUAUUAUGCCGUCUAGAUGUUAAUUUAAGUCUUUUUUUUUAAAGCUGGUAUUAGAUAGAAAGAUUAGGCUUUGAUUUUUUUUUUUUAAAAUCUCUUACUAGAUAGGGAAAAAAUAAACUCU